ACACACACACACAUACACACACCAUACACACGCAAACACGGCGUGCCGUCGAACUUCAGUUUUCAGUAGUCUCGUGGCCGUGACGCCGGUGCGGUGUGCGCGCGUGUUUCGUCGUUCCGUUUCGCGAGCGCACGUCUCGCGUUGUUUUCGACUCGUUUUCCGAUUUUUUUAUCUUCCGUUUUCCAAAAUAAAAAAACACUACACACACACACACACGAUCUUCUCCGAUCUCUUCGCCGUCCGCGAUAGUGUGCCGAUAAUUUUCGCAGGUGUCGGUGACGUUGUCGUCGUCGUCGUCGUCCACACAUCGGCCGUGUAGCGCACCACCACCGAUGCCGGCGCACGCGGUUCCGGCGGCACCUCAGUCGCUGCCGCUGUUGCUGCCGCCGCCACCGGCCGUCCAAUACGCUCCACCGGAACCGCGGUUCCGGCGGUGCGUCCGCAAGUUCUUCGCGCACCUGUUCAGCAACUUGGGCCUGUUCGGGCUGGUGGCCGGUUACGUGAUCGUCGGCGCGUUCGUGUUCCGCUUUCUGGAGGCCGGCAACGAGCGGCAACAGCGCGACCGCAUCGGCCGGCUCAAGAACGACUGCUUGGGCGAGCUCUGGAACAUCACAGUGAGAAUGCACGUUUUACACGAAUUAAAUUGGACAAAAUUAGUGUACGAGCCGCUGCACAAGUUCGAGACUCAGAUCAUAUCAACAAAAAACAUACAAGGAUACGACAGCAAAAACACGGAACAGUGGUCAUUAACAGGCGCGCUAUUAUACUCGGUCACGGUUAUCACAACGAUCGGCUACGGUAAUUUGGCACCAAAAACACCAGAAGGCAAAAUCGUAACUAUGGUCUACGCAUUAUUCGGCGUGCCGCUAAUGUUGCUGUGCAUAUCAAAUCUGGGGUCCCUGUUGGCCGGCACUUUCCAGUUCGCAUACUCCCACUCGUGCUGUUUCUCUAAGAGGAAAUCGGGAAAUCGGCGAGAGAAGUCAUCGAAAAAAUCUUCAUCGGCAGUAGGUGCGGGGUCAGUACAACACACUCCACCACCACCGCAACAGUACAACACAAGCCACCACCAAAGGACAGAAUUGUCGCCGAGAUCACGAAAACAGCAAAUAGGUCCGUAUAAUAUAGGUGGCCACGGAGGGAGACCGGUGUACCGUUUGACGUCCGAAGCCAAACAUGUCCUGUGUGAAUGCGCCGAAUAUCAACUGGCCAACUCACCAACACACGAUCACGUGGCCGCGCACAUCCUCAGGCAACUGGGCGAUCGUCCGGACUUGCCAACAACGGCAGCGAAACAAGAAGAAUACGCGUACGACGACGGUGUUGGCGAUGACGACAACAACGAAGACUGUUACCAGUGCCAAAUGUACAGUGGAACGCACGGGACGCCCAGCCGACUGCCCCUCCUGAGCGGCAACCGUCAACAGCAGCGACGACGUGGUGGCGGCGGUGGUGGCGGUGUAGACAAGGACCGGCGACACAACGCCGCGGCCACCGCCUCGGAACACUAUCACCGCGAGGUGGCCGCGGCUGCGGCAGCGGCUGCAGCUGCGGCCGCGGCGGCCGCGACCAACAGCAAGCGGCCGAACAAGAGGCGCAACGGCGCACCGCCCGGCGUACCGGUGGCCCUGGUGCUGCUCGUGCUGGCCGGUUACAUCUGUCUGGGCGCGGCCGUGUUCGCCGCCUGGGAGGGCUGGACGUUCAUCGACGGCGCGUACUUCUGCUUCGUCACGCUGUCCACGAUCGGGUUCGGCGACCUGGUGCCGGGCAAGUCGUUCCAGGGCACCGACACGCAAAACGGUCAGCUGCAGCUGGUCGCGUGCUGCGGUUACCUGCUGUUCGGCCUGGUCCUGAUCGCCAUGUCGUUUUCGCUCGUCCAGGAAGAGGUGGUGUCCAAGUGCCGGCACGCCGCCCGCUACGUGGGCCUACUCAAACAGCCGCCCCGGCCCGGCACGCAGCCGUACGCCCUGUAAUAUAGUACGCGACGUCCAUCCAUCACAUUAUAUUAUUAUAUACUUAUGUUUUAUUUAUCGACGUUUCUCGUUUCGCAUUUAAAAUAAAAAAUAAAAACCAAUUAAAACAUAAAACAUGUGUCCAAAACACACUGUGCACGCGCUUUACGAAAAGCACCGCGACCGCCACAGCAUCAGCACGUCGCGUUAUAUUAUAUACACGAGCGACGAGUACAGAACGAUAUUCCCUAUAUAAGGUAUAUAUAUACUUUUGAAUAAUGAUUGUCAAACGAAACCAAUAAACAGCCUUUUUCGUGCCGAUUCGUGUCGAAAGUCCGACUUGUGUCGUACUCUUAGACUUUCCGGAACGCAGUCGUUUUUCUUUCUUUGGGGGUGUGCGGAAAAUGACGAGCACCCUAUUGUUGUUCGACGUUAUAAGCGAUAAUAUAUUAAAACGGAAUGUGCAUUUCCGCCCUCCGAACGGAAUCACUCGAUCGAUCGGUACCGCCGUAUAUACAAUAUGCACAGUACAUAAUAAUAUAUUAUGUAAUACAUUAUAAUAUACGAUUGUUAUAAUGCUAUUUUUAUAAUUUAAAAACCCGUGAAGUUAGCUCGACGUAUGAGUCUGUACCCUAAGGCCUAAACCCUCCAUAAUAUAUAGUACGUACGGUCGUAUAAAAAAAAACAAUCCCAACGACGACCGAUUUCCUCUUACCUUUUUACUCGUUCGCUCUCACUCAAUCUCUCACUCUCUCUCUCUCUCUCUCUCUCUCUCUCUCUCUCUCUCUUUCUGUAUGUGUACUCUAUCAAUCUUCCAAACACGCACAUACGCGCCGUAACUCGCUGUCUGGCACACCUGUUGGCAUAGGGUUUAAUCUGAAUGCGCAUACGUCUUUGAAUCGUCUCCAUAUCAUUGGUACAUUGUAUGAUUUACGCCGAACAUAGUUUUCCCAAACGUCGUUGCUGCAAUAAUCCGACGAUUUGUUUAAAAGUUUAUACAAACGAAAAUCACUUACACGUGUAACAUAAUUUAAAUUAUUACAAUCAAAAUAUAUUGUUGCGGAACGCUGUGUAGAUUGCUAUGGGAAACGUCGUCGGUCCAACUGAAAUAGACUAUUAAUACUUUUCCGCAACCAAACGAGUACCCAACGACUAUAUUAUUACCGGCAUAUAGCCUGUAUACUAUUUGCGUUCUGUCCGUCAAUCCGUUCUAAACUAAACACACGCCUACUUGACAUUUUCCUCCGGAUAAAAAAAAUAUAUCACCCACACUGUUGCGACCGACGUUUAUAAGUUUAAAAAAGUUGAUUUAUUAUAUUAUUGUGUUUUGUUGACGUUUUUCAAAACGAGUUUUAUUCUUGAUGUAUAAAUAUUAUUAAAUCGAAAUAGAUGCCUCUUACGUAUUUAUAUUCCCGUAUCAGACAAAAUUUGAAAAACCGCAUACCUUUAAAAAAAUGUCAUUUUCUAGUCAAAUGUACCUAUAUAAUUAUUAUAUUAUUGAAAAUGUAUAUUAUUUUAAGUAUAAAUUAUUAUUUUUAACUAAAUAUUUAUACAUAUUAUAAUACCAUUAUAACUAUUAUAUAAGCUAUAAAUAUUAUACUAUAAAAUAUGUUAUAUGAUAAUAACUUAUAACCGUAUAUAAUU